AUGGGUCCGACGAAGAAGGUUCGCUACCGGCUCAAGCUCAGCAUGAUGAGAAGCGAAUACGACGGCAUGCGCUACAUCCAUCAGACAGACUACAAGCAAGGAUGGGACGCCUCGACGGAGGAAGGGAAAAUGACUAUCCGGGUCAAAAACGACCAUUGGGAGGAGGCGGCAGAUGCUUCAGAGGGACGAUACGAUCCGGACUCGCGAGUCCGCUACCGACUCAGCCUCGACUUGGAGAUCGGAGACGCGCCCCGACCGCGGGAUAUCGCCCAGGCCACCGGCAUCGAGCCUCUGGUCUUGCUCGACCGCCUGCCGACGCUUGAAGUCUCGGGCGCCUCGCCGGACGUUCGACUGUUCUUCCCGGACGCCGUUGAAGGAGGCGCCGAGCUUUGGACGCACUCCGAAUUCCUUUCAUUCUGUUCGCCUUACAUGAAGACACUCCUAUCCUCCGACUUCGCCGAAGCUGUCUCUGUACCCGCCAAACGGCGGAAGUCGGAAGGGAAGGCCGCGUUGGCUGGCUCGGGCUCCACGCUCCCCUCGACUACGGACAACGGGCACGAUUCCGAUGCCGAAACGGACGACACCUACUUUGCACAGAAGCCUCACGAGCUCAAGCAUGUGGAUCGGGAGUACAAGGAGAUUAAGAUCACGAAGGCUGCCUUCUCGACGUAUCGCGCCGUCCUUGCCUACCUCCGCACCGGCCACAUCGCCUUUGCCCCGCUCACUUCCAAAUGUACCGCGGUGCAAGACGACACGCAACCGAUCCCUCCUCGACAGACUCAGAUUGAAACGGCGGCAGCAGAAAACCCCGACCGUCCUUACCUCGUCUCGCCAAAGUCGGUCUACCGCCUCGCGCAUCUUCUCGAGCUGCAGAACCUUCAGAGCGCCUGCCUCACAAUCCUGCGCGAAGGGGGUCUGACGGUGUCGAGCGCGCCGGCCGAGCUUUUCGACGAAACGUGCGUUCUGCACGAGGCAUGGAGGCGGCUCGUCGUCGAGUACAUCACACAGAAUUGGGAACACGUCAAGAAAACGUCGGCAUGGAAGGAGCUUGAGCGCAAGCUGGAGGCAGACGAGAUUCCAGGCGCCAUGCUGAUCAUGAUGCAGCUGUUCAAGGCGAGGGAGAAGUUCAGCAAGACUAGCAGUUACUAUUGA